ACUGAUGCCUUCACUGACUGUCAACACUGUAGGAAGUAGGAACAUCUGCACUGAACACAUUUAACAAACAGUAGCUGUUACAAUGUACCUUUUGGGUUAAAUCAUGACAGCCCAGGGCCGGCCCAAAAAUGUGCGUCGCCCCACCGGGCAUUGCCCGGUACGCCAGAUGGCCUGUCCAUGCCUGCACUGCUAUGAUACAUGUCCACUACUACUAGUCUACUAUUACUGCUUUUACUACUGCUAUUUCUUCUUACACUACUACUGUUACUAUAAUUACUUUUUACAUUAGCAGCUGUUGUCUUGAUGUUGAUGUUAUUAUUGUUGUAUUCCUGGUAAACACAAUGCUGCAGCCACUUUCACUCAAGUAGCAGAGCUUACUGUAAGAGGAAACCGAAAGUAGGUUGAUGAUGUAAGGGGAAUACCCCUUUAUCUGCCUUUAUAAGAAUCAGUGCAGUCGACACACACGUAAAACAAAGAUCGGAGUAGUAAGGUGCACUAGUCCAAAGAGAGCAGAUACAAUCUGUAAUGUUGAAGAUGAAGAACCUCUUUGGAAGCAAGCCCAAACCUAAGAGGACUGAGAGCAGGAGACCUUUGAUUGAAAAUAACAACAUUUCUCUGCAAGGAGGGUGCGAUCUGCCAUCAUGUGAUAGCAACGACAAUCUGAUAAAAACCUUCCACACCAACGAGGAACAACCCUCGCAGAUUGCUUGGCAGACCAACUAUCAGGAUCUAGCUGAAGUUCUUGGUGUGGCCCCUGAUGCAAACACCUCUGUGGAUGGAGUCUGUUGCUCAAUUCAACCUGAGGCUGAUUCAGAAGGGAGAGUUAAGCGUCUCAUUCAGAGAUUUGUGCACAAGCACUUCCCAAAGCCACCGGCAGAUCCAAACAAGAACCUUCACAAGCACCUGGAAAAUGUGAAGAACACUGUGUACAGUGAGGUUGGGAGGCUGCACCUUCUGCUGGAUGGAGAGAGGCAGACAGAAUAUCUGAUUGAAUGUUACCAUUGUCAGACAUUUGAUCAGCUCCAUGAUCUCAUCCAGGACAUCAGCUCCUCCCAGAGUUCCUUCCACCUGAUGGACUGGGUGUUACAUACAUAUCUGAGUUUGGAUCUGUCCGACUUCCUCGACCUUCCAGAAAAACUGAAAAAGCCUGACCCCGUGAUGUCCUCAGAGUGGAUUGGCAAAGCAAAGGACAAGCUGCUUGAAAAUGUGCAGAAAGAAGUCAAAGGGCAACUGGAGAAAAUCCUGCAAAGUGAUAGAGUCCAAGAAGGCUGCGAUAACGAUGAAGCUAUUAUUCGUCUCUGUGUGGACACCAUUGGGUGUAUUGAUGCCAUGCCCAAAGAAGCUAAAAAAAUCAGCUCCAAGCUGUCUGUUCAAGUGCAGGAGAUCUGUUUCAGUGAGCUGCUGGUGUUUCUGGAGAGGUACACUGCUGAGCAGGCUGAGGCUCUUAUCAAAGAAGCAAAAGAGGACAGACCAAACAUGUGGCUCUUCUUCAAGACCUUGAAAACCUGCGAAGAACUGAAAAAGCACGUCCAGAGGAAGGGUUUAAUCUCAAAUAAAUCCCUUCUGGAGGAUAUAGUGCAAAAGCUUGACGACAUGGAGACUCUCACUCGAAAGCUUCAGCUGAAAGUAGUGGCUGACUUUGCAGAGAAACACCUGAAGAGUUACUUCAAAGCAGACAACAAGCUAUUCUUAUUGAGUCUCACACUGAAGGCUAAUUUCCCCAAGAUACAGCACUGCCAGGACUUACAGGAGAAAGUGAUGGAUGAAGCCUGUCGGCUCAUUGUUCAAACUUACCUCAAACAUCUUCUCCAACGCAGCCAGAAACAACUGCAGAAGUACUGGAGUCAUGAUGUUGGAAAAACCAUCACUGAUGAUGCUGAGUUACUGCACAAGGCCAUGACAGAGCUGGCCCCUGGUGUUCAGCAGCGGAACCUCUUGCUGGAGAAAGUGGCAGAGAUGUCGGAUUGCAAUGACAUCAACGCGCUGAAGAUCACAGUUGCAAGCAUGCAGGAAGAAUGUCAAACUUUGAGUGACGACAUGGAUCUUCUGCCCAAACUGCUGCGCUGGAAGGGUCUUCCUCAUAGGAGGGUUAGGGCGGUGCUGAGUGUCAUUCCCGGGCAUCAACCCAGACCUGUGUCCUGCUUCUCCUGCCUGAGGUGCUGGUGAAGGCUGAGGUGCUCUUCAGACAAGAGGGCUGAGCUGAUUGUUCACUCCGUUACAGACGUCAGCUCUAAUCCAAAAUAUAAGAUUAAGAUUUGAAAAGUCUUUAGAUAGAAAUGUAUGUAGGUAUACAUUAAUAUAAACAAGCAGAUAUGUUACAUUGGGUAUGACACAGAGGCUUCGACGCUUACUUCAUUGGUGUUCCUUUUAUUUUUCUAAACUAUGAUUUAUUGGUAGGUGCUGGGUUCCUUUAUUUUAUUUUUGACACUAAAGUUGAAAAGCUGUCAAAAAGAAGCAAAAAAAAUUAUACUUAUAUUUUUAAGUUUCUUAAACUUAAGUUUCUUACAUGUUCACGUCUUUGAAUUAAGGUGGAGGAUUUUCUCUCAAGUAUCUUUUAAUGAACAAUUAUGGUACAUGCAUUCCAAGUAUACAUUCAGGUCUCAUCUAUAACUUCUGGUUGAAGGAUGUUUUAUUUUAUGAAUGUGAUUAUACUUCAAAUCAAAUAAGAGUUAAUUACUGAUAAAAGUAAGAAUGUUAUAUGAUAACAAAACAAUAACAAAGGGAAGGAAAGGGAGAUAAGUAUGAGUGGAGUCGAGAGAUAUUCAGUAAUAAAAAGGGAACUCAUAAUACACAAACAAUGAUUUGUGAUGAUGAUUUUAAAGGGACAUUUACACAAUGUUUCUAAGAUGACUGAGCAACAAUAACAAGUAAACCUUAGUGGUGUGCACAUUGAAGCUUCUCUGUGUGAAACUUCAGCACCAUUAAUGAAAGAGGAGAUUAGUUUGUUGAGCUCUGAUAUUCAGACGGGCACAAACAGUUCAGAGGGGAAACAUUGAAGGUAAAGUUUUACUUUUAUGCCUUCCUUCUGUUUCAGACCCCUUCAUAGGUCAUUUUUUGUACUUUUAGUCUACUUACAUUUUGCUAUUUACACUAUAGACACUAAAAGUCAAAGACUUUCAUUCAAGCUGAUGAAGAUGUUCUGUCUCAGCAUUUCAUGUUCAUGUGUUAAUGUUGUUAACCACUCUAUUUAUUCUUAUUUAUGAGUGUAUAGCAUUCCUACACAAAUGUCCCUGCAGUCACUAGCUGACAUGAUAAUAUUUGUCUGUAAGUGCAGUGAUUCCAGUGUUUAAGUUAUUUAUCAAACGUUUCUGGUUUACACUUGAAUUACAGAAUCUGUUUGAAGUUGAAACCUGUGGAUUCCUCAGGAGAGGUGAUGUGAACUCGAUGUGGGAUACUAUGAUAUCUCACAAAAAGAGAUCCAUCGAAAAAAUGAAAAGUUCCUCACAGUACAGUUCACUCAAACUGUAUUUAUUUACUUGUUACACUACAGAGAUGUUUUACAUCUUCAAUGUUUGUAUCUUCCUUUAUAUGUGCUGUGUAUUUCUACUACCAUGUAAGAUCUGGUUACUGAGAUACAUAAAGACACUAUUGUUCCGUUAGAGAUGUAACAAAUAAAGUUUGAUUCAAAUAAAAA